UAAACAGUACCGUAUUUCAAAGAGCAGCGCGCACAAACUUUUCAUUUAGCCACACCCUUUACACUGAAGAGAGAGAGUGUUAUUGGUUGGCAUCAUAGUUUAAACGGAAAUGAACAGUGGCCAACAACAAUUUCCACGUUAGCGUUUUUAUUUAGACCUUUUCUUAACACCAUAGGACUCAAAAUAUGACGUUUAACUGCACAGCAUCGCAUACGUACCCCGGGUAUUGUUUAAUUCGCGUUGGAGACAGGACUUGGUUGACAGAUGUUAUCUAGGUAACCCUAGCUAGCUAGGUGCUAACAAUGGAUAACUGUAUGGUUUUUCACACUCAAAUUGCCUCGAUAUUGGAGGUGCUAGCGAAUGCAGCCGUGGCAGAUAUCUGUAAACUCGUAGAAGACGAAUAUGCAGUGUUUCGUUUGGAAAUUUCUCAAAGCCAGAAAGAAAACGGGGCAUUGCGGAGGAAACUGCAUCUUUUGGAACUAAAGGUGGCACGAGAGCGCGUCGUCGUCAGUCGUCCCAGUAGUGUCAAGAUCCUCGACGGAUACAGAGGAAUGUCAAGAGGUGAAGGAAAUCUAACUGGAGGCCACAGGAGCUUUGUGAAGCCAGCGGUACACCAUACAUGGAGAGAUGACCAACCGAUCACUAUUGAUGAGGGUAGUGGAACCUCAACCCAGCACGUUAUCGUGAUAGAGUCUGCAGAUGCAGAGGCUACAGGUCCUGGGGUCAAGCUGGAAAAGACUGAAGGAGAGGUGGAAACACGGCAAAGAAGAGACAUCCAGACUGGAGCUCAUCCUGUAGCCACAAAGGACCCCACCAUCGCCCCAGCGCCGCCCAGGAACCGACGCAGCAUCACAGAGGUCAGUGGAACGCCGAAAGCCACCCUGAAGUCAGAAACAGACACAGAGACUUCAACUGUAACACACAGGCUCUUACACCCAGGAUCUGACCCAGAGAGACUGGUGCCACUGGACUGUCCUCCCGUUCCCGGCUCAGACUACUUACCGGUAUUUCAUCAGAGCCAAAGGACGGUUCAUUCCCAUGGUGAUGGUGACGCUUUAGACACUGGGGUUGAUCUGUCUUGUUCUUACGCUACAGAGAUGGACCCUGACAACAUGACCUUGGGUUUAGAGACACAGACUGAUCUGUCUAGAGGGGACUGGAACCAGUACAGUAGUACUGUAUACUCUGAAGGGUGCCUAGAUAAGAAAGGGGAAGUUAUAGUGGUAGAUGAGGUGAAAGUGGAGGGCCACGCUCCUCCCACAUGGAGUGCAGAUAGUCACCUAGGAGUCGGACACUCACAGGGCAGAGAUUUCUUAGAUUACAGGGGAGGUUCAGAGACAAAUCAACAUUUUGUCACCCACUCACCUUUACACACGCUCAGGGAUCGCGACCCAGUAUCUACGUCGAUGGGGCCUCCUGAUUCACAUGGCCACGUCCUUUUCGAUCAGGUUUUGAACUCAAUCGACAGGGUUAAAGCCCAGGCUCAGGGAGGGGGAGCAACAUCAAGCAAUAGUAAAGAGAAACGGUUCCUCUGCAUGUUCUGUAACAAAGGCUUCAGCUGCCCCCAGAAGGUGGAGAUCCACCAGAGGGUCCACACAGGGGAGAAACCCUUCAGCUGUACCCAGUGUUACAUGUGCUUUGCCCAGGCUGGUGAUCUGAAGAGGCACCAGAUGGUCCACACAGGGGAGAAACCAUACAGCUGCCCCCAGUGUGAGAAGAGGUUCUCUCGCCAGCACCAGCUGAAGAGGCACCUGAAGGUCCACACGGGAGAAAGGCCGUUCGCCUGUGCACACUGCAGGAAGAGGUUCUCAGAGAGAAGCUACCUCAGGAUACACCAGGAGAAAAACCAUUCUACUCUAUAACAUAGAAAGUCACCAUUCCACUCGAUACCAUCUGACUUUAGAACAAACCCUGCAUUAAAUACAGAUGAAUUGUAAUUGUUGUCAACAGAAAAGACCCACAGAUGCAUUUGGAACAACGAGAGUAACCGAUUUCAGUGUUCAAUAUUCCUGGGUAGAAUAUUGCAUCCAGUGUGAUAUACACUGUAUACAAAACAUUAAGAACCUCUGCUCUUUCCGUGACAUAGACUGACUAGCUGAAGACUUUGAUCCCUUAUUGAUGUCACUUAUUAAAUCCACUUCAAUCAGUGUAGAUGAAGGGGAGGAGACGGGUUAAACAAGGAUUUUUAAACCUUGGGACAAUUGAGACAUGGAUUGUGUAUGUGGGCCAUUCAGAGGGUGAAUGGGCAACAUUUAAGAGCCUUUGAACGGGUUAUGGUAGUAGGUGACAGGCGCACCGGUUUAUGUUGAGAAUUGCACCACUGCUGGGUUUUUCACGAUCAACAAUUUCCAGUGCGUACCAAUAAUGGUCAGACACCAAAAGGACAUCCAACCAACUUGACACAACUGUGGGAAGCAUUGGAGUCAACAUGGGCCAGCAUCCCUUUUAAAUACUUUUGAUACCUUGUAGUGUCCAUGCCCUGACUAAUUGAGGCUGUUCUGAAGGCAAAGGGGGGUUUGCAACUAGAGGUCGACCGAUUAUGAUUUUUCAACACCGAUACCGAUUAUUGGAGGACCAAAAAAAGCCGAUACCAAUUAAUCGGACCA